AUGAGCUCAACUAGCAACAAAAAGUGUCGCUCAGUGUGCAUCAUCGGCGCCGGAGCAGCUGGUUUUUGUGCACUGCGCCAUUUCAUCAAUCAAGAGGAAGAAUUUAGUCCGGUGAUUUGCUACGAACAGAGUGCUCAAAUUGGCGGCACUUGGAAUUACACCGAUCAAACUGGAAAUGAUGAAAAUGGAUUGCCAUUACACACAAGCAUGUAUCGAGAUUUACACACAAACUUACCCAUGCAAAUAAUGGAGUUUCCCGACUUUCCAUGGCGCCAAAAGCAGUCUUUUGUUCAUCACAGUAAAGUACUGCAGUAUCUGGUCGACUACGCCAAACACUAUGGCCUGUUGCCGUACAUUCACUUGGAACAUCACUUGACUCGAUUGACACGUACCGACGAUGAUGGCCAGUGGCAAGUGACGUUGUGCCAAGUGAAACAACAGCACAGUUUCACGCGGACGUUUGAUAUUCUAAUUCUCUGUCCUGGUCGACAUUCACUGCCCUACUACUCAGAGAUUCCAUCACUGACCAGCAAUUUUACCGGAUCAGUCAUACACUCCCACGACUAUCGACGCAGGGAGUCGUACACUGGUCAGAGGGUGGCGCUGAUAGGUGGUGGUCCCACUGGGUUUGACUUGGCCAUUGAAGUGGGCUCCGUUGCUGCUGAAGUAGUUUUCAUCAACCGAAGCAUUUUUCAGUUUGAAAAUCUUCCAGCAAAUGUGCGCCAGCUAAAUGGUGAAGUUGUACACUUUUCGGCUGAUUCGAUGAGUGUCAAGUUAAAGGAUGACAGCAUCUUAAAGUUUCCUGUCGAUUCAGUCAUUCUUGCAACUGGAUACUUGUUCAAUCUUUCGUACCUAGACCAGAAGUCAACUGCAAUUCGAUUAACAGCUGACAACACACUGGAUGGUCUUUACCGACACAUGGUCAACAUUAAGUAUCCGAGCAUGGCGCUAUUGGGCAUCUGUCAGAAGGGAGUUUUACCCUUUCCAAUGUAUCAUCAGCAGGUUCUCUACUACAGGAAACUUUUGCUGGGCAAAAUUGCUAUUCCAACGAUUGCUGAAAUGAAGAAAGAGGUAGAGGAUGACCUGUUGAUGCGUGCUGCUGUUGGUUACCGACCAAAGGAUCGACACUGCUUGAAGGUAGACCUGCUUAUAGAGUACAUUCGCCUUCUUGAACGUGAUGCACAGCUUACGCCGUUGAAGGCAGUUGUGAUGAAGCUGCACGCUGACCUUUAUCCCAUUCGAUGCAAAAACAUUUGCACAUACAAGCAUGUCGACUACCGAAUACUGGACGAUAAGACUUAUGAAGAAGCGUGA